AUGAUCCCGGGCUCGGCUGUGUACCACGUCGUGGAGGCGAUGGUGCCACUAUACACGGCGGCAGUUCUGGGUUACGCAUCCGUGCGGUGGCUCCGGGCCUUCUCCGACGAGCAGUGCGCAGGCAUCAACCACUUCGUUGCACUGUAUGCCAUUCCCGCGCUCAUCUUCCGCAUGGUCGCCACCAGCGACCCCUACGGCAUGAACGGCCGCCUCAUCGCCGCCGCCACGCUGCAGAAGGCGGUCAUCCUGCUGUCCCUUUGCGCAUGGGCGCUCCUGCUGUCCAGCUACCGCCGCCGCCGCCGCCACGGAGGUGACGGUGGCGGCAAGGCGUCCGACCUCGCAUCGCCUAUGAAGUGGGUGGUGACCAACUUCUCCGCGCCGACGAUGUCAAGCACCAUCAUCAUCGGCGUGCCGCUCCUCGACGGCAUGUACGGGACGGCGUCCGGAAGCCUCGUCGCGCAGCUUGUGCUGAUGCAGGUCUGCAUCUGGUACAACAUCAUCAUCAUCAUCUUCCUGUACGAGUACAUGGCGGCGCUCGAUGGCGGCAGCGCAAAGAUCAGCCCUGAACCGCCUGCGCUGGUAGAGAACUGCACGCGUGAUAAUGAAGGUAGCAACAUCAAUGACGGUGUGGCCGGAAGAAGCGAGAUUAUCAUGGAGGUGGUGGUUGCUCCAUCCACGGCACGAGAUAGUCCAGUGGCGGCCGAGGCCACGACGCCGGCACGGGAGGUGAUGAUGAGCAGUGCCGGAGCUGCUAUGACAGCGGAGGUGUUGGGUGUCUCGCCUUCGGUAUCCAAGUACGUGAUAUGGACCGCCGGGAAGAAGCUUCUCAAGAUUCCCAACACAUACGCGAGUUUUCUUGGCCUCGCCUGGUCUCUCAUUGCAUCCAAGUCUGGAAUCAAGAUGCCAAAAAUCGUUGACGACUCUCUGCUCACCAUAAGUACCGCUGCAGUUGGGCUCAGCAUGUUUGCUUCAGGGACGUUCAUAGCGCGGCAGAAAAGGUUUGUGCCAUGCGGAUACGGCAUGGCUUCAAUCUCCAUGGCCCUAAAGUUUCUGGUAGGCCCUGUGGUCGUGCUGCUCACCUCAGUCGCCAUCGGGCUGCACGGCAUCCUUCUCCGCAUUGCUGUUGUACAAGCAGCUCUCCCCCUGGCCGUCAACUCGUUUGUGUACGCUGAAGAAUACAAGGUCCACGCAGACGUCAUGAGUACUGGGGUUAUUCUUGGGACUUUCAUAUCGCUGCCCGUUACCGUUGUGUACUGUAUGUUGCUGGGGCUGUGA